AGCGUACAUUCUAUGAAUGAAAAAUGGACUCCCUUCUAGUCGAUCCCAACUUAUGGCUACCAUAUGAAUAGGGAUUUCAUGUGACAUCAAAGACUUCUUCAAUUAAGGAGAAUUCAUGCCCUUUGAUACAUCUUCCGCCCAGUUUGGAACAAAAUGAGAGAGAGAAAAUCAUCCAUAUUUCACUGACCUCACAUCUGCGACCUUGUCUUAUUAGGCUUGACUUUUGGCGUGAAAAGCAAUGCCUUGUGCGUUUUAAGAGAAAUGAGUAACAAGGGCAACGGGAUGGUGGAGCAGGCCUGUCCACCAGCAUAUAUACCUGCGACCAUCAAGGGAAAAACCUAAAGGACACUCCCAUUACCGCUCUCCCAGAGAAGCAGCCGGCAGCCACCAGGAUAACCAUGUCUUUCAACACACUCGCCUUCUGCUUGCUUUGCCUGCUGGCCCUCUCUUCGGCUUGCUACAUCCAGAACUGCCCCAUUGGAGGGAAGCGCUCCAUCCUGGACAUGGAAGUCCGAAAGUGCAUCUCCUGCGGACCAAGAAACAGAGGCCAUUGCUUUGGGCCCAACAUCUGUUGUGGAGAAGAGCUGGGCUGCUACUUUGGCACAGCAGAAACCCUGCGAUGUCAAGAAGAAAAUUUCCUCCCAACUCCUUGUGAAUCUGGAAGGAAACCUUGCGGCAACAACGGAGGAACCUGUGCUGCAUCCGGCAUCUGUUGCAACAAUGAGGGCUGUAUGGUAGACACUGCAUGUGAGCAAGAAUGAGAAGAUGACAAGGAACGAGGAUAAUGCGAAAGCACUUUUAGAUUAUGGACUUAUAGGCAACACCAAUGGGAUGCAUCUUUCCAUGUCAAAUACGCAUGUUGGAUGCGAUGGCCAACAAAUUUGUUGAAAAUAAAGCUUGUAUAUCAACAACAACAAUCUAUAAUUUGAGUUCUCUUGCCUUUUCAAUAAAGUUA